CUCUUAGGGGCGCCCAGGCUCCCGCACCCGCGUGGGGCGUCGGGCGAGAUGGCGGCGCGCAGCUUGGGCAGCGGUGUGGGGCGACUGCUGCGUGGCCUGCACGGGCGCUCCGGACAAUCGGGGUGGUUGCUGAACUUGUCCCGAUCGACCGCCACUCGGCUCCUAGGCAGCGUUACCCCGGCAGCGCAGCCAGGCUCGUACCCUGCAUUGAGCGCUCAGGCGGCCCAGGAGCCAGCCGCUUUCUGGGGGCCUCUGGCCCGUGACACACUAGUUUGGGACACCCCCUACCACACUGUCUGGGACUGCGACUUUAGGACGGGCAAGAUCGGCUGGUUCCUGGGAGGCCAGUUGAAUGUAUCUGUCAACUGCCUGGAUCAGCACGUGCGGAAGUCCCCUGAGAACGUCGCUUUGAUUUGGGAGAGAGAUGAGCCUGGGACUGAAGUGAGGAUCACUUACAGGGAGCUUCUGGAGACCACAUGCCGCCUGGCCAACACGCUGAAGAGGCAUGGAGUGCACCGAGGGGACCGUGUGGCCAUAUACAUGCCUGUGUCCCCACUGGCCGUGGCAGCAAUGCUGGCCUGUGCCAGGAUUGGGGCUGUCCACACAGUGGUAUUUGCUGGCUUUAGUGCAGACUCCUUGGCUGGGAGGAUCAAUGAUGCCAAGUGCAAGGUCGUUAUCACCUUCAACCAAGGACUCCGGGGAGGGCGUGUGGUGGAGCUGAAGAAAAUAGUGGACGAAGCUGUGAAGAACUGCCCGACGGUCCAGCACGUCCUGGUGGCUCACCGGACAGAUGCCAAGGUUCACAUGGGAAAGCUGGACAUCCCUCUUGAGCAGGAGAUGGCCAGUGAGGCCCCUGUGUGCGCCCCUGAAAGCAUGAGCAGCGAAGACAUGCUGUUCAUGCUCUACACCUCUGGGAGCACCGGGUCACCCAAGGGACUCGUUCAUACGCAGGCGGGCUACCUCCUGUACGCUGCCACGACGCACAAGCUCGUGUUUGACUACCAGCCAGGUGAUGUCUUUGGCUGUGUGGCUGACAUCGGUUGGAUCACAGGACACAGCUAUGUGGUAUAUGGACCCCUCUGCAACGGAGCUACCACGGUGCUUUUUGAGAGCACCCCAGUUUACCCUGAUGCUGGUCGCUACUGGGAGACAGUGCAGAGGCUAAAGAUCAACCAGUUCUAUGGUGCCCCAACAGCUGUCCGGCUGCUACUGAAGUAUGGGGAUGCCUGGGUAAAAAAGUAUGACCGCUCUUCCCUGCGCACACUGGGGUCAGUGGGAGAGCCAAUCAACCAUGAGGCCUGGGAGUGGCUCCACAAGGUGGUGGGUGAUGGCAGGUGUACGCUGGUGGACACUUGGUGGCAGACUGAAACCGGCGGCAUCUGCAUUGCACCACGGCCCUCGGAAGAUGGGGCGGAGAUCCUCCCGGGUAUGGCCAUGAGGCCCUUUUACGGCAUCGUCCCAGCACUCAUGGAUGAGAAGGGCAAUGUUGUGGAGGGUGGUGAUGUCUCCGGGGCCCUGUGCAUUUCUCAAGCUUGGCCAGGCAUGGCAAGGACCAUCUAUGGUGACCACCAGAGAUUCAUAGAUGCCUACUUCAGAGCAUAUCCAGGCUAUUACUUCACUGGAGAUGGAGCUCACCGGACUGAGGGUGGAUAUUACCAGAUCACAGGGCGCAUGGAUGAUGUCAUCAACAUCAGUGGUCACCGCCUGGGGACUGCCGAGAUUGAGGAUGCAAUGGCUGACCACCCUGCUGUUCCAGAAACGGCUGUCAUUGGGUACCCACAUGACAUCAAGGGAGAAGCUGCGUUUGCCUUCAUUGUGCUGAAAGACGACACCAGUGACACAAACGUGGUAGUAAACGAACUCAAGUUGGCCGUGGCCACCAAGAUCGCCAAGUAUGCUGUGCCUGACCAGAUCCUGGUGGUGAAGCGUCUCCCCAAAACCAGAUCUGGGAAGGUGAUGAGGAGGCUGCUAAGGAAGAUCAUCACCAGCAAGGGGCAGGAUCUAGGGGACACCACCACCCUGGAGGACCCCAGUGUCAUCUCAGAAAUCCUGAGUGCCUUCCAGAAGUAUGAAGACAAGCGGGCUGCCACCAAGUGAGGUGUGCCUGUGUCUCUGCUCAGACAAGGCUGCACCGGACCCCUGGCAGUCCUCAGGGAAAGGACCUGUGAAGGUGUCUUGUUCCAUCUGAGCACACGACCUCUCUAUGAUCCCUCUGCUGUCCCUAUGUGGGGCCAAAGCCCCUGUUUUCCUUUUGCAGCCCAGAGGGCUGCUUCUGUAGGGGAGGCCUUUGUUCUACAUCUGGUUUCCAGAGUGAAGUCACAACGGGCAGUGAGCCAGCACAGGGCCGCCAGAGGACUAUUCACCGCUUAGCUCCAAAGCUCUUAUGCCUUCUCCAGAUGUGUCGAGAUAUAAAAUGCAGAUGUUUUAUUUUUUUGUACUUUUCUAUUUGGGGAGAAUAAGAGAACACUCGAGUGUAAUGUGAACAUUAACAUUUAAUUAACAUUUGGUCUCUGUCUCUCUCUCUCUGUCUCUCUGUCUCUCUCUCUCUCUCUCUCUCUCUCUCUCUCUCUCUCUCUCUCUCUCUCUCUCAUACACACACAGAGGAAUUGGGAAAAUUCUCCCUUCUUGUCUCCCCAGGGAAACAUGAAGAUAACAGAGUGUACUUUUUAUUAGAAUUUGGUGUGCUUGAAGUCCAAAUCGGGGAUGUUUGUGCCUCUGUCUUACACACAAUUGCUAGUCCUAGUUGCCACGUUCACUUCUGAUGUCUUUUUCAUAUUCGGUUCAUUUGGUUUAUGCCAUAGGACAGACUCGACAAUUCUUCUGUUUCGCAUGUUAGGGUUUGCACUCAGGGCCUUCUGCACACUAGGCAAGCACUCUACCUCUGAGCUACACACCAGCUCCUCUCACUCCCAAACGACAGGGCGAAUGUCCUUCCUUUCACUUGUGAAUUCAUUUGGGUUUGUUUCUCUAAGCUGUGAUCUGGAAGGAGCUUCUUUCCCCAAGGUGCCUCUUAGUAGGAAAUUGCCUUUGCUUCAACUAUGUGAGGUUGUUCAUGGGAGUCAGCUAAAACUCAGGUGUCUUACUAAGGUUCUGGGCUCCUGAAGACACUGCCUGUCCUAUCUUUUAUGGUUGGGGCAGCAAGAACCACUGUGGUCCAAUGACGACACUUGACCCUCCCUAGCAAGUCCUCUCUCGAUGUGCCUUACGUCCCCUGGACGUUGGUGGGUGAUCCAGAUUGUGAAGUCAUGGAAAGCUUAUUCCGUAUUUAGGUGUGGCUAAGCGUGGGAGGCCUGAGCGUGUGACAGCUCUGUGAGCAGGGCCCCCGGGGGCGGAGGAAGACUAUUCUAUCUGUCCAUAGCACUUAGCUCUGUGGGUAUUUCAGGGGUAUUUUAGUUCCUGCACACCUACUGUGAGUUUAACCUGUGUUGACUUGGGUAACGGGGUAAAUACGCUGACACUUCUGGGAGGUGGAGCGGUUGUAGUAUGUAUAAAUAUUGAAUAAAUAGACCUCUGUUACAAUCAGCAAUAAAAAAUGCCUUGUGAUGGACUUGGUUGACUGUAGUUACUAUACCCUUUGGGAAAUGGCCUAGGUUUCCAGGUGGCUGAUACAAGCUGUCAGAAUGAUCUACCAGAAACACUCAAAUAAAGCUUUAUUUUGUUCACUCUCUU